CACACAGUCUAAAACUCAGAGGAGAAGAAGAACAGUCACGUGACUGCAGCUCCUGAGUCCCGAGGAGUUCACAGACAGAUCAGCUGAUUGUGUGUUGGACCGUCUGGACAAAGUUCGGUUCGGACGGGCUUGUCGUGUUGUGGACGCGGAGCCUGCGGUUCUCCUGAGCUCCUGAAGGACCCGCUGUGUUCGUUUCUUCCUCCCUAGGAGCUCCCAUGGCGGACGAUCUGAAGAGGUUUCUGUACAAACAGAUGCAAAGUGUUGACGGGCUUCAUGCCAUCGUGGUGACGGACCGAGACGGCGUCCCGGUAAUCAAAGUUGCCAACGACAACGCUCCGGUGCACGCGCUCAGACCAGGCUUUUUGUCCACGUUCGCUCUGGCCACGGAUCAGGGCAGCAAGCUGGGCCUCUCCAAGAACAAGAGCAUCAUCUGCUACUACAACACCUACCAGAUCGUGCAGUUCAACCGCCUGCCACUAGUCGUCAGCUUCAUCGCCAGCUGCAGUGCAAACACAGGCCUCAUCAUGACUCUGGAGAAGGAGCUGUCUUCUCUGAUGGAUGAGCUGAGGCAGGUGGUGGAGGUCACGUAAAGUCCCAUGAUGCUUUGCUGAGAAAACCCAUCUGCAGUUCCUACCGCUGGAAUCUUCCCCUCUGUCCUGCUUUCUGAUUUCUUUGAAUCCUGAAUAAAAGCUUUUCCACAUCAGGA